AACAGGUGGGCUACUAGGACAGGUCUCUAUCCUCUCACGGCUGGCAGUCGUCAACAAACCUUCCGCCAGAUCACAACUCUCCAAACCGCUACCGACAAUCAAACUGACACUUAUACAUACCGGUUUCCAGUACACCUACGCCUCAUAGUUGAGACCUUUUAUUAUUGUUGCUAGUUGUUUUUCACUACGAAAGUGGUUCCGGUUGCGCAACAAGUGAUUUCGUUCGACGCAAUAGAUUUUGAAUAUCCUCCCGGCAUCUGCGCAUUUUAUACGCAGUGCGCAUAAAUCCACAGGAUUUCCCCCGCGACUUGUAUUAGCGCUCGCGCUCCGUGUUGUGGUUUCACCCGAAACAAAACCGCACCUUGUCGUUGCUGUUUGUCCGUUAGCGCGUGCAAUUCUUAUAACUCGGGGAACGUGCCUAUAACACGCUCCGUUACAAAUGACCUCUCUGCUGCUGGCUCUGACUACUGCUACUAUUACUACCCUCCGCGUAAAAACGUGAAAUUCAGAGCGAGAAAACUUUCCGUACGUCAUUUGAAAUAACAUCCAGAACGCGCGCUAGCGCAGUUGGAGAGCAACAGCAAUAUUAAAACACAAUAUAACAGAGCGGUGUGCUGCUGCUGCGGUUCUCUUUCGAGUCGAAACAACCGUGACCUACUCUCUGCACCAGAUGUGAAUUAGGAGAUCAAAGUGGUCGAGAUUUCUCAGUUCGGUUAUCCGCAGCGCAACUUCUGAAAAGAAACAAAAAGACAACGAAAUUAUUAGGUCCGAAAGUGACAACCAAUAUAGACUCUUUCAUUUUCAAUCAAGAAAUAUUUCAAGGCUGCGAGUUUGACGUCAUUGGCUGAAAAGAAAACUGCACUGCUAUAGCGUCCGAUAUAUAAAACAGCAGCACAAUGGCCAGCAACUUCAGCCAGGUCGACCAACAAGUGGACGUUAUUGAUGUCGACGUCCUGCAAUUUGAGAAUUUGUACCCCGUUCUACUGCAAACCUUCGUCGUCAUCGUCCUUGGGUACUUGAGUGGCAGGUGGGGCAUUAUCGGUCAAAUCGAAUCCAAAGGACUGAACACUUUUGUCGGCAAUUUCGCUUUGCCCUGCAUCAUUUUCACGGCUCUGGCAGAACUGGAUUUCAGCCGAGUCAAUUGGAUGUUUCUGAUGGCCAUUUUGAUCAGCAAAGCGGCAGUGUUUAUGGCCGUCGUUAUAUUCACGCUUCUGUUGACCAGACCGAUGAAUUUCUCCAAAGCCGGGCUCUUUGCCAUUUUCUGCACGCAGAGCAACGAUUUCGCCCUGGGCUACCCGAUCGUUGCGGCUGUUUACGGCAAUAGCCACCCAGAAUACGCCAAAUAUUUGUACGUCAUGGCGCCGAUUUCGCUGGUGUUACUCAACCCGUUGGGUUUUCUCUGCAUGGAAGUGGGCGAAAGGCUCAAAGAAAGUCGGAGGAAUUCUCAGCCAUCAACUUUGCCCGUCCAACAGCAGACGUCAGACUCAUCCACCGAUUCAGAGAGCCAAAUCAGCCGGAAGGUGAGCAGCACGGCUUCCACCGUAUCUCUAUCCAGCGCAAACCACAGCAAAAGAACCCGAACCAAUGGCUGCAAGAUUUUCUUGAGUGUUUGGAAAAAUAUGUUGUUUACUCCCAUCGUCUUGAUGACGGUCAUGGGCAUUGCCGUUAACUUUCUCUGCGAUCACCAAAUCCCGGCCAUCCUGAAAAACCUGUGUGGGGUCUUAAGUUCGGCUUUUAGUGCUACCGCACUUUUCGCCCUUGGUCUACGAAUGGUUGGCAAAUCACAAGGUUCGGGUGGUGCCAAAUUCGUCGUGCCAUGUAUUCUUAUCGGUGUCAAAUGUAUAGUGAUGCCGAUCGUGACUCGUGAAGUGACCCUCCACUUGGAACCGGGAUUGACGGCCAACGCGUCACUGGACUUGAGCAAUCUGGGUUUCCUACUGGGCACUUUCCCUUCGGCUCCUGGAAUUCUUUUCUACGCUAUCCAAUACAACGUGGCCGUUGACAUGAUUGCCACAGCCAUGGUGGCCGGAACAUUUUUCUCGCUUCCAAUCAGCGUCGUCUCUUCCAAAAUGAUUUCACUCUCGUCGGCCAAUCCGGCCGAUUACAUCAGUCUGCUCGAUUCGUUUUUAAUUCGCAUCGCCAUUGUCGGACUCGUUUGCACGCUCUUUUUGCAAGUGAUCUUCUUGGCCAGCAAGAAAUGGAAAAAGGCCCCGCAUUUCGUCACUCUGUGCCUGACCCUAACCCAAUGUAUGGCCUGCGUCGGCGUCAUACUCUGGUACACGCUGGGCCGCGACAAAAUGUGGAAGAAACACGUCCAAUUCAUGACAUUCGCCAUCGGUGUUUUCGGGUCCCGUAUCUGGACGGCCUUGUUAUCUGUUACUCUGCUUCUUCUACGCAUGAAAAGUUUAAGUUUCGUCCUCAAUAACUGUCGGCCGUUUCUCCUCGUCGCCGGAUGGGGGUCUGUUAUACAUUUUAUUUUCACACGACACAAAAAAUUAAUACGGAUAUUUAUAGAACUAAACAAACGAUCGUGUCAUAUUUUUUAUUUCAAACGCAGAAUACCCGUGGUGCUUUCUUCUUGUUUAUGCGCAUUCGCCACUCACAAUCACCUUGAAGGAGACAAUCCUAAUUUCCAGUUCGGCAAACUUCAGGCUCUGGUAGCCUCGUCCGUCCUUAUCGUCAGUUUUACUGUCACUGUCGUCUGUUUGGUGUGGCAACAGAGAUUGAGCAAGCGGCCAGCCAUCGUUUCGCCGAUAGUCAGCAGCAGGAUGUCGACUUGCUCCUCUUCAACUUCGCUCUCCUUGCCAAAUGAAUUCCUUUUCGACGCUUAUCAGUGCACGCCGAGCAGCAGCACUCGAACCAGCACCACAUCCAUCGACAGCUUCCAUCGCCAGCACGUGACCAAAGGCUCACUGCUCAUCCAAGAAUCGUUUUACAUGGGCGACCCGUCUGAUUUCGAACCCAACAAAUCUUCUGCAUUGAUGUUUGAAAGUUUAUUCAGUCCGUGUGAUGACGCACUCAAUUACGGAAUGGAAUUACCGGUCGAUGGGCAGAAGGCUUUGUCGCCUUCGGCGCACAAUUCGUACCCAAUGAUGUUUGGUGGUUCGUCGCGUUUGACAGAGCCGGAAGAGUCCAGAAUCGUUCGUGAUCGAGACGACGAGUUUCAGAUUACUCGACAUGUUGGCCUACUUCUAACUCUCAGCUUCUCCAUGUUUGUCGGUAUUGCCGUUUGCGUCUGGACUUUGGUGAUGGAAGAAAUGACGGGCAUCUACGUCAUGUUGCUCUUCCUGGAUGAAACUCUCAACUUCGGCCAAGGAAUUUUUGUUUUAGUCAUUUUCGGUUUGGAACCUCGUCGAUUUUUGGCCCCAUUCUGGUCGGGGUUGAAGCGGCGUAGCAAGGCAAAGGGUGUAACUAGUUUAUUGACAUUGACAGAAGUCAGUAAAGAGAAAAGCAGAGAUGAGCAAGUUGUGGAUCAUACUUGCGAACAAUUUAUGAUGUUUUACAUGGACAAAUGCAUCCGUGAUUUGGUUUGCGAUCGCAAGUGGCAACUAAAGGAAUACAGGAAUGUGUUUUGCGGCAAUGAAAUGGUUGACUGGCUUCUUCUGAUGGGCCUGGCGCGCGAUCGCAGUCAAGCAGAGAAAUACGGGCAAGGUUUGCUCGACGGGGGCAUAAUCAACCAUGUCGAUGGAAGAAAAGAUUUCCACGAUCAGUCAUAUUUUUACUCGUUUGCCCAGUGUGAUUGAUGUGUCUAGUGUUUGCAAAGAAAUAACGUAAAAAGGAGCUCAUCAAGUCUUACUUCGCUGUAAAUGUCUUUUUGACGUGUUGCCUUCUCAUUUCUCAGUUGCCGAUAUGCAAAACUAUCUGUUAUUUAUUUUUAUUAUUUUUAACUCGAAAUAUUUUAAUCUUCUAUAACUGUUCGAAAGUUUGCCAUUAUUCGAUAUAUAGACUUGAAAACUGUGAUGUGGUGUAUGUUAAUUAGGUAUAUAAUUUGAUGUAAUUUGAUGACAACUUUUAUUGUAAUCAUAUGUAGAACCAUGAACGAAUGCGAACGAAUGAUUGAAAUGUUUUUUAA